UUGUUAUUCAUGGAUGACGUCUGCCUCUUCCCCCUCGCUAUAGUUUCCUUGUAGGUCAAAGACGCGAUUGGGAGUUGGACUUACCAACCCUGUACACACUGCGAUGGAAAUUUAUCACAAAUUGCAAAGAGCUGUGGAGUUUUACCUAAACCCUGCGUAUUUACAAUACAUUGUAGCCGUCGUUGUUCUUGUGUAUAUUGCUCUCAAGGUAACGCAACUGGUCGUCAGGAGAUACGAGGGCGCCCGGGCUCUUGAGUGCUUUCCCGGACCACCUGGUCAUUGGUUAUUUGGGCACGUUCGUGAGUUUAAGCAAGAUGGAACAGAUAUGGACAAAAUCGUGAAAUGGGGAGAGAUAUAUCCAUUCGCAUUUCCUCUGUGGUUUGGGCCAGUCAUUGCCUUCCUCAAUAUCCAUCAUCCAGCCUAUGCAAAAACUAUAUUAGCCUCAACAGAGCCCAAAGAUGAUAUCGCCUACAGGUUUCUUAUCCCAUGGAUAGGUGAAGGCUUGUUGGUGUCUCAUUCAAACAAGUGGUUCAGGCACAGACGACUACUCACCCCGGGUUUUCAUUAUGAUGUGCUUAAGCCUUACGUGAAAUUGAUCGCAGAUUCAACUAACGUUAUGCUGAGUAAAUGGGAAGGCCAUGCCACAUCAAGCGAGUCUUUUGAGCUUUUUGAACAUGUCAGCCUGAUGACACUGGACAGCAUUAUGAAGUGUGCCUUCAGCCGCAACAGUAACUGCCAAACAGAAAGUGGGACUAAUGCAUACAUAAAAGCUGUGUAUGAGCUGUGUGACCUGGUGAACCUUCGCUUCCGGGUCUUUCCAUACCACAGUGAUAUCAUCUUCCACCUCAGUCCACAUGGGUACAAAUUCAGGAAGGCAUGCAAAAUUGCACACGACCAUACAGAGGAAGUCAUCAGAAGGAGAAAAGAAAUAUUGAAGCAUGAAGGGGAGCAAGAAAAAGUGCAGACUAAGAGGCACAAGGACUUCUUGGACAUCCUCUUAUGUGCACGGGAUGAGAACCAGGAGGGCCUAUCGGACGAGGACAUCCGAGCCGAGGUUGACACGUUCAUGUUCGAGGGCCACGACACCACGGCCAGCGGCAUCUCCUGGGCCCUCUACAGCCUGGCCUGCAACCCAGAGCACCAGCAGCUGUGCAGGGAGGAGAUCAGCCAGGUGCUGCAGGGGAAGGACACAGUGGACUGGGAAGACCUGCACAAAAUUCCGUACACUACCAUGUGCAUCAAAGAGUCUCUUCGUCUGUACCCACCUGUACCUGGCAUGGCCAGGAAACUGUCCAAGCCCAUGACCUUCUUCGACGGCAGGACUGUGCCAGCAGGUUUUCUGGUGGGAACCACUGUUUUUGGUCUGCAUAGGAACCCCACAGUCUGGGAGAACCCUCACGUAUUUGACCCGCUGCGGUUUCUGCCAGAGAACUGUGCCAAAAGGUCUCCGCACGCAUUUGUGCCCUUCUCCGCUGGUCCCAGGAACUGCAUUGGCCAGAACUUCGCUAUGAAUGAGAUGAAGGUCGCAGUCUGUCUGACCUUGAGGAAGUACGAGCUCAUGACCGACCCAGACCACAAACCCAAGAUGCUGCCGCGUCUGGUGCUGCGCUCCCUCAACGGCAUUUACCUGAAGGUCAAACACCUGGAGCUGGAGCCUUGAGCCACACCUUGCUAUCCAGCGGCGCAUUUCCCAAAACCAUAGUUGCAAGCCAAGUUAGCAACUUUGUUGGUUGCAAUGCAAUUUCCCAUUGGUAAUCAGCUAAGCUGCUGAAAGGUUUUUAACUAUGGUUUUGGGAAAUGCGCCCCAGAAAGGUAGACACAGUAAACAGACUCAGUAACCAACAUAUGGAUUCAUUGGCCAGUGAACGUAACACUAAACUGGAAGGGCACUCGAGUGCAAUAGGCCAAUAGUCCACUCUUGUCAUAAAAUCUCGGAAGUGCAAGAACAUCUCGAUCCACAUCUGCUGCUUUAAUAGGCCCAUGCUACACUCUUUCACCAGCUUCAUGAAAUCAACUUCAUUAAGGGAAUUCAAUAGAUAGCAGGCUCAGUGUACAGUAUGUAUAUACAAUACUAACAAAGUGAUCAUUUAUACUGCUGAAAAUGGAAAAUUGUUUGGAUUUCUAUGGAAUUCAAAGUCUGUUAUUGAUUAAAAAGAUUGUGAAAAGUGCUUUAAGGCAUUUGCAUGUUACUGUUUUAGAACAUUCCUGCCUGUGAUGUUGAAUUUGAUGUUUGAAUAACACUCAUUCUUCCACUUA